AUAAAUAUAAAAAUUUACAUUCUUUAGAUAUUAAAUUAUUCUAGAUUGUUAAUAAUAUUUUGUCACGUUUAAGGUAGUUUAGUGGAUUAUACAACCGAACACUGGCACUUAACCAAUAGACGUAGAGUUUUCAGGGUUUUCUUCGCUUGUCUAAUAACGAAGUAGGGGUCAGUUUCCCAUAUUCUCGCUUAUACAACAUCUAAAUAAAGGUUAGUUUACUGUAUCUUCUCUUUACUAACAUCUAAAUAAAGGUUAGUUUACUGUAUCUUCUCUUUACUAACAUCUAAAUAAAGGUUAGUUUACUGUAUCUUCUCUUUACUAACAUCUAAAUAAAGGUUAGUUUACUGUAUCUUCUCUUUACUAACAUCUAAAUAAAGGUUAGUUUACUGUAUCUUCUCUUUACUAACAUCUAAAUAAAGGUUAGUUUACUGUAUCUUCUCUUUACUAACAUCUAAAUAAAGGUUAGUUUACUGUAUCUUCUCUUUACUAACAUCUAAAUAAAGGUUAGUUUACUGUAUCUUCUCUUUACUAACAUCUAAAUAAAGGUUAGUUUACUGUAUCUUCUCUUUACUAACAUCUAAAUAAAGGUUAGUUUACUGUAUCUUCUCUUUACUAACAUCUAAAUAAAGGUUAGUUUACUGUAUCUUCUCUUUACUAACAUCUAAAUAAAGGUUAGUUUACUGUAUCUUCUCUUUACUAACAUCUAAAUAAAGGUUAGUUUACUGUAUCUUCUCUUUACUAACAUCUAAAUAAAGGUUAGUUUACUGUAUCUUCUCUUUACUAACAUCUAAAUAAAGGUUAGUUUACUGUAUCUUCUCUUUACUAACAUCUAAAUAAAGGUUAGUUUACUGUAUCUUCUCUUUACUAACAUCUAAAUAAAGGUUAGUUUACUGUAUCUUCUCUUUACUAACAUCUAAAUAAAGGUUAGUUUACUGUAUCUUCUCUUUACUAACAUCUAAAUAAAGGUUAGUUUACUGUAUCUUCUCUUUACUAACAUCUAAAUAAAGGUUAGUUUACUGUAUCUUCUCUUUACUAACAUCUAAAUAAAGGUUAGUUUACUGUAUCUUCUCUUUACUAACAUCUAAAUAAAGGUUAGUUUACUGUAUCUUCUCUUUACUAACAUCUAAAUAAAGGUUAGUUUAUUGUAUCUUCUCUUUACUAACAUCUAACUAGUAUCAGUUUUCUAUACCUAUAAACCCCUUAUUAAAGGUGGAUUAUUUGCUCAGGAAGUAAUUAAUUAGCUACAGGGAUUAUUUUGAGGAAUAACCUAUAUAGCAUUUAAAAUAAACACCGAAAAUUUGUCGAUUCAGAUAUUUUUCCUUCAUUUAGAAAGGCAAACAACUUAUUAUUUUUGGCAAGAGUGUAUCAUUUCUACUUACAUUGUACUUAAGUUUCUAUUAAUUGCAUGGUUUCUCUUCAAAAAUGCUUUUUAUUAAUGUAUUUAUAUAUAUAAAAUAUCGAUUUCUUUAAGACAAUAUAUUAUAAUAGUUACAAUAUGAAGUCAUUCGUUCUGUGUAGGUGUAUUCACAACCGCAUUGCACGUGUAUAUCGACAAUACAACACGUGCUAGGUACCUUCUUCAUACUUCUAUUUAUAUAUUUAUCUGCAAAUUUAACAUAAAAAAUCCAUUUUAUCCUGCAUAUUAUUAAGGGAGUGGGUAUUUUAUUAUUUCAAUUUUUAUAAGAAGAGACACCAUGUUUAUGAAAGCAAUUACAUAUACAUAUGUACUGUUUCCUUCUGGAAUGCUUAAUUCAAAUUAUUCAUUAAACAUUUCGGGUGUAAGUGUAUUUAAUCUUCACCCCUUUUCGGUGUAUAACUAUAAUAAGAGAAAUAAUAAAGGCAAGUUCCAAUUAUUUCCAAUAAAGAUCCUUUCCAUCCUAUCAGUUAUUGAACUCUUGCUGCGUGGCUUUCUCCGGACUUAUAGUCUAUAUUAUCUAGAAUAAAGGCUGAGAAUACUUCUGAAUACUUAAAAUAUGGUAAGUUUCUGUUAUAUAACAUAAUAAAAAAAUCUAUGGUAAAUAAUUACAUAAGUUGUAAUUUGUUAUAUUGAAAAAAAUAACAGGGAAAUACGGUUAAUUUUUACAACGUUUCCUUUGCAGAAUCAUCGUUAUUUCUACAAAAUGUCAGAAGAGAAUUUCGUGAACAUCACACUGCAAGAAACAGUUUGCACGAAAAAUUGUUCGCUGAAUCAAACAAUAGUAAAUCAGUCGACUUGCAGAUUCGUUCCCGAAAUUAGAUACCUCCUGACGUGUUGCGUAGUCCUUUCUAUUCUGUGCGCGUACUUCGUCUCUAUAGUUUAUUCGUGCAUUUCUGAAUUUAGGAAUUUACACGGAAAGAUCUUAAUAUCAAUUUCUUUAUGUUUAGGAACAUUUUACACUACUCUAUUGUUAGGAGUUUACCUUCGUCCGUUUAUAUCGUACUCCAUUUGCGUACUGUUCGGUACAAUCAUUUACAUUGUAUUUAUCGCAUCGUUCUAUUGGACCAACGCCUUAUCUUACGACAUAUGGAGGGGUCUAACUAACAAAACUUUGCUCUCGAUAACACACCACAGGCGACAGUACCUCAAGUAUUCCAUUUACGCGUGGAUUAUGACCAUUUUAACUUCGAUUCCCAUGAUUAUAGUACAAAAUACGAGUACCAUAGAAAGAUUUCAUCCCCGGUUGGGUAAUCCCUUUUGUUGGAUUGUAGAAAGAGAAGCAAAAUUAAUAUAUUUAAGCCUACCGGUUGGACUUAUACUCGCUUCUAACGCUAUUAUGUUUGUUAUGACAAUGAAAACACUAGUAAAGGCCAACGAUACGGCUUGUAUUCUACAACUAAAUCAACACAGAAGCAACAUUAAACUGUACUUAAAGCUGUAUUUGGUGAUGGGAUUGCUCUGGAUGUCAGACUUUAUUUACGCUAUAUAUCCUGAAUGUUAUUUACAGCUUACAAUUGAUUUUAUAUGUUCCCUCCAUGGGGUGUUUUUGUUCCUCGUGUACAUAUGCAAAGAGAAUGUGAUCAAAAAACUGUUUAAAUUUCAAGGCAACGGAGGUGAUUCUGCAUCAAAUACUCUCCAGUUGAGUUAAUUAUCCAUUGUAUUAUUAUUAUUAUUAUACAGAACAUGUUCGGAAUGUAAGUACUAUAUAAAAAUAACUCUUCCAUACUUUUUUCCAAUCAAAGAAAUUGUAUAGAGAAACUUGUGAAAGUAAUGAAAAUUCAGCAGUGAGUUGCGUAACUUUUCCGGCAAGAUAUGACACAUUAUCUUCUCGACUUUUAACCAUCAAAAUUGAAUAGUACCAAUGCCCCAUAACGCAAACGUCCUUACAUGCUUUUCCAUACUUUUCCUCUGUUAUAAAACACUAACAAAGUAAAGGGAUGCAUAAAAAGGCAUACAUGAAUGAUAUAUAAGAUCCUAACGCUAAUACGACUUUUAUAAAUAGAGAAAUUUCCUUCUCUCCAUGGAUAGAAGUAUAAAUUACCUAGAAAAUAACAUGCGAAUGUGCGUGUAAUUUUUCUUUAAACUUUGAUUCAAGAAAGUACAUCGAUAGUAAAUUAUAGAAAGAACUCACAAGGUCAAAAAUUUCUCAUUAUACGGCUUAUACACAGUAGUUGCAACUUACACACACCUACGCGCGACGUUAGUUUUUUCUUUAUUUAUUUCACUUCUGUCAUCGUUGUCAUUGAACAUUUUA